AGCGAUACAAUGGUGGCUGCACAUCAUGUUCCAACCCACAUUUCCCAUACGCCUUUGCAAGACAACUAAUUAAUAUUUACAUAUUGUGUGUUCACUGUGUUCAACGUGAAAACUGGCCGAACUUUCAUUGGAUUACUGGAUACUACUUCUUCUCCUGAGAGUGUUUUGAUACCUUGUUUUUAUCACCCACUUUUCAAGAUGAGCAAGCGUUAGGAUAUCUUGAUGUCAAAACCUCACUGAAAGCAAACCACACAUAUUUUGGGAGCUGGACUGCUUGAUCUCAAGCCAAGUCAUUGAAAAUGGCGGAUCUUGAGGCAGUUCUAGCCGACGUUAGCUAUCUCAUGGCUAUGGAGAAGAGCAAAUCUACUCCUGCCGCGAGAGCUAGCAAAAAAAUUGUUUUGCCUGAUCCAAGUGUCAGGAGUGUCAUGCACAAACAUCUGCAAAAAGUGAAUGAAGUGACGUUUGACAAGAUCUUCAAUCAGAGACUUGGGUUUUUGUUAUUCAAGGAUUUUUGUGAAAAUGUGUACGACGAACCUGUGCCCCAGCUCAAGUUCUACGAAGAGGUCAGUACCUUUGUGUGUUUGUUUGGUUGUUUGUGUGUUUGUUU